AUGCCUACACGCAGUAUCCGUUCAUUCAUCAGCGAUCUUUCCGCCAUCGGAGACGACGUUCGCAGCACCGAGCCCUUCCCAGAGUAUAAUGAUCCUUUCCUUCACGAUCCGCAGUACUUUCAAGCUCCAGUCUCGACACCGCCAUCAUACCGGACAAUGGAAUCAACGCAGAAAGUUCUUUGGGAUCCCGAUGAUGAUGAUAGUGUCAUUUCGCAAGAGCUUCAGAUUAUCUUGGAUUGGUAUUCGUUUAUGAAUAUAAAUGGCAUAAGUCGCCAACUCGACAAACACCUCCUUAAUGUCGUCUUCGCAACUCCUCUAGGCAAAGUCAACUUGACUCAAAAACUGUUCGCCAAACAUCAGCACCUCAUUUUGGUGCCGUUGCAGGACAAGUACUUCGAGAGCAAAGUCGAAGAGUACGAGGAGGAUGCCGACAGGAUAUCAGGAGAUAUGGAUGAUCCACAUUAG